ACCGAGCAAACACCAACAAUCACGGAAUCAUCCGAGAAAACACCAUAAUCAUUCUUCAUUAAUCCCCCCUGCGCAGACCAGGCUACUCAUUCUUCAUUAAUCUUAAUCAUUAUCUUUUAAUCCCUUUCUCUAUCGUAAUUACGACGACGGCUUUGCGUGUAUCUCACAAAAUCGUAGCGAAUAAGGCAAGACAGAAAAUACCCAGAAGCCAGAAGCCAAAGCAAAAGCACUCAUUCCACUGCUGCGCUGGAGCAAAGGACAAGCUGGGUCUGUCGUCGUAAGAGGUGAGGCUUCGAAAGUUGUGGGCUUUUGGGUUUUUGAUCUGGGUCUGGGUCUGAUCGAUCUGUGAGGUCGGCAGAUAUGGUGGGAUGAAGGAGAAGAGACGAAGGCAUGGCUCGGGUAGGAGGAGAAUGGGGAUUUAAAGGUAGAGGGAUUUGGGGUUUUUCAUACAAGAAGACCACUCUCCUCGUUUGCUCCAUUAACAUCGUUGUUGCUCUCUAUGUUCUUCGCUCUCUGUACGGUUCUCUCUACAUCUACUCCGAUAGAGAUACACGCCCCACGUUUGAGUACACUCCGGAUCAGAUUAGGAAGAUGGAGGAAUCAGUUCGGAUUCGAAAAGCAGCUGAACCGGUUGAGCUAAUUAGAUUGGUAAAGGCACUGAAGAAGGAGCUUUACAGAGAGGUAGCGGUUGAAUUGCCGCAGCCUUUGAAACUGAAGAUGACUAAUGAGAUAAUUGAUAGGUUGAAAACCUUGAGGCCCAAAGCAAAUAUUACUGAGCAGAGAGAAGUAGUUGAAAGAUGGUGCAAGGAAAAACUAAAAGAAGCUAAGCAGUUGGCAAUUGAGACCGAGACUUCAAAUUCAACAGUCCUUCAUGAGGAAGCAGAAAUGCUAGUAAAAGCUUUGGAAUCUGAUUCCACUUGGCUGUUGGAAGAUUUGGGCCUUUGGAUUCCUCCUGAAAUUCGUAACACGGAACAUCAUGAUAAACCUGAGGGUGAAGAAGAGGAGUUAGACGAUCAAAUUUUGCCUGGCAGGCCGCUUCCUCCUGAAUGCCAUGCAGAAGUUCAUACAGAUUAUGAUGGUGCUGCUGUAAGAUGGGGGCUUAACCACCACAAAGAUAGUGCAGCUGACUGUUGUCAGGCUUGCUUGGAUCAAGCUAAACGUGCUAAGCCUAAUGAAAAGAGAUGUAAUAUAUGGGUUUAUUGCCCGUCGGAAACUGGUUGCCAUUCUCCAGAUAUCUAUGAGCAUAAACUUGGAGAGUGCUGGCUUAAAUACGCAGAAACGCCUAAACUUAAUUUCAAGGACAAGUAUCCUGAAUCAUAUAGAAACCGCCAUCCGUCUGCACCAUUCGUUGUUCCUUGGGCCUCUGGCAUUGUUGGCGCACGAUAGGAUUUCGCCACUCCCAGCAGAAAAGGACAAACCCUUGUCAUUGUAACUUGACCUGCAAAGGCUUACCAUAUUCUGGAAACAUCACAAAACACACGAAGGUACCUUUCACUGGAAUAUGUAAUCAUGGUCUCCCUGGGUUUAUAUACUUUUGUUCCGUUAAAUUGUUCUGUGAAAAAUAGAGGAAAAUAGGAAGAGUUUUCGAAGAGAGGGAGAUGGAGUGACUGUAAGGUUCAGGGUGCGCUCCAUGCUGCUUGUUUGUUCACGAGUCAUUUUUUGUAUUACGGUCUGUCAUGGUGUUUGGCGCCGAUGAUUCAAGAUAAAGAAGUCCUGGUCGGAGGCAUAGGGAGCUUUGUUGUUAGACGUUGAAACUCUCCCCGUGCAUCGGUAACGAAUGGGGAAUAUGAAUUUCUGUCUCUGAACAUUGUGUAUUACUCUCUAAUUCUUUGGAUAACUACAUAAUGCUCUCUAUCUUUAAAAGGAGACAGAGUACGAAAUUUUCAGUU